AGGAACUUUUCUAGCAAACUUGCUUUCAACUUUCAGAAGAAACUUCAAAGUCAUGGACAAGAGUGGGAGUGGUUGUGGCUCCAAGAAAGGAAAAACUGAUAAGGGAAGAAGCUUGAUAGAUUUAGUGUUUUCUUGGUCUUUUGGAGAUGCCCUCAACAAAAAUCUUUACAAAGGCCAGGUUUAUUAUAUAUAUACAUACUAUAUAUGCUUGCCCACAAGCCCUUUGGUGAAGAAGAUCCCAGAGACAUUUAAUUCUUCUUCAGAGUACUUGCACUCCUUUGUUGCUCCUCUUAUUGAGGAAACACAUGCAGACUUGCUCUCAGGCAUGACAAGGGUGUCUGAGGCACCUUCACGUCAACUAGAUUCUGUUACAAGGGAUAGCCGUUACAAACCUCCCAAAGACUUGAUUUAUAAGAUUGUUUUAAAGAGGGACUCUAAAAAGAAUGAUUUAGCAACAUAUCAUCCACAGAGUGGAGAUCUUGUCACUUUAACAGAUGUGAGACCAAAGUGCACCAGUGAUUUGAACCGGUCAAAAAUGUCUUAUCUUCUUGCAUAUGUCCAAGCAGUUAAGGAGGAUCCUGAUGAACUCUUCAUACGGUCAUCAAAGCCAAUAAUGAUUGAAGAAGAUAUGCAAAGAAAAGAGAACAUAUCUCAGCAGAAGCCUACUCUCUUUUUUGUCUUUUUAGCUAACAUGACUACAAAUAUUAGAAUAUGGAAGGCUUUGCACCCAGAUCCUAAGGGAGGGAACCUUAAGAUGAUCAACAAAGUUAUUCAAAUGAAUGGAGCUGAUGAAGAAGACUGUCCCAUGUGCUUAACUGAAAAGAAAUCUGGCACUGUUCUUCCAUUUAAUUCUAACGAGUUAAAUGAUUCCCAAGAAGCUGCAAUUAUAAGUUGCAUUAAUACACGGGCUUGCCAUCAUCAAAAUACUGUAAAACUCAUAUGUGGUCCUCCAGGGACAGGGAAAACUAAAACAGUUGGUUUGUUGUUGUAUGCUCUUCUUAGAAUGAAAUGCGGGACAAUUACAUGUGCUCCAACCAACAUUGCAGUGGUGGAAGUGGCAUCAAGGCUCAUGAGCUUAGUUAAAGGGACACUUGAAUAUGACACUCACGGAUUUGGGGAUAUAGUUUUAUUUGGGAAUGGAGAGAGAAUGAAGAUUGAUGAUCAUGAGGAUCUUCUUGAUGUAUUUCUUGAUUAUCGUGUGGAGAUAUUGGACAAGUGUUUUUCACCAUACUGUGGGUGGAGGACUAGUUUAGUGUCAAUGAUAGAUUUGCUUGAAGACCCUGAAAGGCAGUACUCUCAGUACUUAGCGAAUAGAGUACUGGAAAACCAGAAAACGGAGGAGGGAAACUGUGAUGAGAACCUCAAGGACAAGGACAGCACCAACCAUAAACUGGAAGGGGAAAAAUGUGAUGUGAACCUCAAGGACAAGAAGAGCAAGAAUUUAUGGAGAAAAGUUAUCAAUGAGACCUUGAAACAAAAAGAAACCAAGAAUAAACAUGUAGCUUCUGAGAAAGAGAAUCAUUUAAAGCCUGAUGAGAAACAGGGCACACAUGGAGCUUUCCUAGGGAAAAAAAAUGCACAAGAAGCAGAAGCAGAAACAUGUAAGGAGGAUCCUAUCACUUUGCAGGAAUUCAUCAAGAAGAGAUUUUGUCUCUUCAAUGAGCGGCUGAAAUUUUGUCUUGUAAACUUGUACACUCACUUACCAACUCAUCUUAUUUCAUUAGACCUGGUGAAGACCAUGAUGAUAGCUCUCAAUUUGCUCGGUUCCCUUGAAUCUUUGUUAAAUCGUCCUAAGAGUGAUGAAGGCUUAAAGAUUGCCCUUAAUGAUACUGAAACUGAAAGUGAGAUUGGUCACUUUGCAAAGUUGAGAGUUGCAAGGAAACACUGCCUGCAGAGACUCAAAUCACUUCCUCUGUCAUUUCCGGUUCCAGAAUUCAGAGAAAAAAUCAUUAUAAAAAAUUUUUGCUUGGAUAAUGCUUGUCUACUUUUCUGUACCGCAUCAAGCUCUUUUAAAUUGAAUCCAAAAAGAACAGUGCCACUGGAGUUGUUGGUUAUUGAUGAAGCUGCUCAGCUCAGAGAAUGUGAAUCAACUAUUCCCUUUCAACUUCCAGGUCUCCGCCAUGCUGUUCUGAUAGGGGAUGAGCACCAACUGCCUGCCAUGACCCAAAGCAAGAUUUCUGGUAAGGCUGCAUUCGCAAGAAGUUUGUUUGAAAGGCUCGUCUUAAUAGGACAAAAGAAACAAUUACUCAAUGUCCAGUAUAGGAUGCAUCCAGCUAUAAGCUCAUUUCCGAAUGAGGAAUUCUAUGAUGGUAAAAUUUUGGAUGCUCCAAAUGUAAAAGACAGAAGCCAUGAGAAGCAUUUUCUUCACGGGAGCAUGUAUGGCACCUACUCAUUUAUCAAUGUAACCUGUGGAAAGGAGCAAUUUGAUCAUCUGCAUAGUCGAAAAAAUAUGGUUGAGGUUGCUGUGGUCUGUAAGUUAGUUGCUAACCUCUUCAAAGAGUUCACUGGCACAAAACAAAAAGUUUGCAUUGGUGUUAUAUCACCCUACAAGGCUCAAGUUCAAGCAAUUCAAGAGAAGCUCGAAAAUAAAUACAGUGAAUGUGCAGAUAGUGGCUUCACUGUUAGCGUUCGCUCUGUUGAUGGGUUUCAAGGAGGCGAGGAGGAUGUGAUAAUCAUCUCUACUGUCAGGUGUAACAUAAAUGGGUCAAUCGGUUUUUUAUCCAAUGAUCAAAGGGCAAAUGUUGCACUGACACGCGCAAGGCAUUGCCUCUGGAUAUUGGGGAAUGAAGCUACAUUUAUUAAAAGUGGUUCUGUAUGGAAGAAACUAGUUACUGAUGCCAGGAGCAGGGGUUGUUUCUAUAAUGCUGAUGAGGACAAGCAUUUGGCUCAAGCUAUUACUACUGCCUUGUUUGAGCUUAAACAAUUUGAUAGUCUAAUGAGCAUGGACUCUCCACUGUUUAAGGAGGCAAGAUGGAGGGUAUGCUUGAGCAAGGAUUUUAAGAAAUCUGUGGCAAGCAUUAAAAACCCAGAAUUACUUAAGCAAAUUCUUAACCUGUUGGAAAAGCUUUCAAGUGGUUGGCGUCAAACUCGAGAGCAAAAGAACCACAGGAAGAAUAAACACAUUGCUGUAGGUGGUUCUUCUGGCGUGCUAGAGGUGUAUCCAGUCAAUGGUUUCUUGAAUCUCCUUUGGAGUGUAGAUGUCAUCGAGGAAAACUCACACUUUAUCCAAAUUUUGACGGUUUGGGACAUUUUGCCAUCGUUGGAUAUACAAAAUGUUGCAAAGAAUUUAGAGCCCGUAUUUGGCAAAUACACAAUAAAUAAGAUGAGUCGCUGCAAAUGCAAGUGUUUGGAAGGGAAUUUGGUUGUUCCAAUGAGAUGGCCAAUGAAGGACUGCCUUAUGCAGAGUGUUGGCCGGGAAGAUGAUAUCAUGUCCAGAUCAUUUGCAUCCCUCAGCCUUGCAGAUAAAUCAAGUGUAUCCCAUGCAAAUUCUAAAGUUCGUAGUCGAGGAAAGAGGAGAGCUAAAGCUAUUGGAUUGCAGUCAAAAUCGUGAUCAGUAGCAAAUAGCUAAUUCAGCUGUUUCUUUUUGGGAAGAAUGGAAAGACAUCCUGCAUGAUGAAGGCUUUAAACUACAGUAAGCAGUGAAUGAUGUAAAUGCAGUUCAAUGCUUUAAACUACAUUAAGCAUGCUAUGAUCUAUAUACUGAGCAAACAAUCAUUAGGUAUUUGAAACUUUCUCUCCAUGGUCUAUUUCCAUUGGAGACAAUCCUAAGUUUAGGCUUUGCUAGUUAUCAUUGUUUGUGAUCAAGACCAGCUCAUAGCUGGUAGAUAUGGCAGAAGAAUACCUUAA